UGUGUGACCCAGAGCAGGCUUGUGGCUUCAGAAGACUUGACCCAACCCUAACCUCUGCCUCAUGCUGUUAACCCUCCCCUGUACGACCUUUCUAAGUAGAUCCUUGUGACCCAGGAACAUUGGUGUGCGGGGACCGAGUCAUGGGCCGAGGCAGAAGUUUGGGCUCUCCUGCACUCCGUAGCUAGUCAAUGGAGAAGAAACCUGGAGUUGGGUUGAACUGGGCUGGGCAAGAUGGAUGACAGGCAGUGCAUGGGGAGAGCCCGGCCAGGGCGGGGGCUGGGCAGGGUGUUCCGCGCAGGCUGGAGUCCCGCAGAGGGGACGCUUCGCGUGAGAUUGAAAUGUCCAGAUGUGGUCUGUUUCCCGGGCAGCUUUGCAGACAUGGAUUCGUUCCAGAAGGUCCAGAAGAUUGGAGAGGGCACCUAUGGGGUGGUCUAUAAGGCCAGGAACAAGGCGACUGGGCAACUUGUGGCCCUCAAGAAGAUCAGGCUGGAUGCGGAGACUGAGGGGGUUCCCAGCACCGCCAUCAGGGAGAUCUCCCUGCUGAAGGAACUGAAGCACCCCAAUAUUGUCAAACUGCUGGAUGUGGUCCACAGAGAGAAGAAACUCUACCUGGUGUUUGAGUUCCUCACUCAGGACCUGAAGAAGCACAUGGACUCCACCCCCACCUCAGAGCUCCCCCUGCACGUCGUCAAGAGCUACCUCUCCCAGCUGCUGCAGGGGUUGGAUUUCUGCCACUGCCACCGGGUCAUCCACCGAGACCUGAAGCCUCAGAACCUGCUCAUCAAUGAGUUUGGAGCCAUCAAGCUGGCUGACUUUGGGCUGGCUCGAGCCUUCGGGGUUCCCAUGCGCACCUAUACCCACGAGGUGGUGACACUGUGGUACCGUGCUCCCGAGAUCCUCUUGGGCAGCAAAUUUUAUUCAACAGCUGUGGAUGUCUGGAGCAUUGGUUGCAUCUUUGCAGAAAUGGUGACUGGCAAACCUCUGUUUCCCGGUGACUCGGAGAUCGACCAGCUCUUCCGUAUCUUCCGUACCCUGGGGACCCCCAGUGAAGCCACGUGGCCGGGAGUCUCCCAGCUGCCCGAUUUUCAGGGCAGCUUCCCCAGAUGGACCAGGAGGAGGCUGGAGGAGAUCGUGCCUAGUCUGGGACCAGAAGGCAAGGACCUGCUCCUGCACCUCCUGCAGUACGACCCCAGCCAGCGGAUCUCAGCCAAGACCGCCCUGGCCCAUCCCUACUUCUCUACGGAGAACUCCCUAGCAUCGCGGCUCCGUUGAAUGGUGGAACACUCCUUAAACUUCCACCAUGUCUGUGGGGCCCACCGCCUCACGUCCUCUCCCCACCCAUUUCCGAUAAAGCAUAUCUAGGGAGGAAUGCAUCCCUGAGGAAAUUUUACAUCAGUCAUCAGAAAGCUAGGCUUGGGUUCGUCCUGCCUGUAGGUUGGCGAAUUUCUAAUGUCGUUUGUUGGAUUUAAUGGUGCACUUUCAAAAGCCAUGCAGGUGUUCCGUACAUGGGGUGGGGUGGGGUGCAUGGCUUCCCUGGCAUUCGACAGCGGGUGUCGGGUUAGUUAACAGCCCCCCUCCCCUUCUCUGCUGUAGCUGCAGAUGCAGACUCAACGGCAGGGCGCCCUCUGCUGGUCUUGAUUUUUGUUUAAGCUGUUGGUGGGAAGAGUCCAGUUCAGAGGACUCAGCAGGAGGUGGGAUGGGACAGUCUGGUUAGGGCACCUGAGGGUGUUCUAAGUAGUUGUCACAUCAUCAGAGAGGCUGUGGGUGUCCCUCUGUGUGACAAAUGGGAAAUAAAUAUAACUUGUUCUUGA